AUGUCGGUCCAGCGUGUGAUCUCGCGCGCCUCUCGUGCACUUGUUCCCUCGAGUUCUCCUUCAUCUGCGUCCAGGUACUACUCCUCCGCACCCCGGCCCGCAACAGAGGAAUCUAAGAGUGCGCUCCCCCCUCGCUGGCUCUCAGACACCAAAACCCGCAUUGGGCGAUGCAUCACCUUCGGUCUCCCCCCAAAGCUGGUUGAGGAGGCCGGCCAGGUCCUGCAGGUCCUAGCCCGAGACUGGCGAGAGCUCCUCGCAGGUAGUGAGGGCUACCUGACUUCGGAGAAAAGAGCGGGCUUACACAGGCAGAAGAUCGUCUGGGGCGAACAGGACGCCAUGGGCCACAUGAACAACACGAUGUACGUCCGCCACGCGGAGAGUGGACGGUGCAACUGGGUCCGCAACUACAGUAGCCACGUUGACCCUACCCACAAGCAACGGUGGGAAGAUUUGAUAUCCUCCAAGGGCAUCGGGUUGAUCCUAAAGAGCAUAACUGUCGACUUCAAAUUCCCCAUGAAAUGGCCAGACCGGGUCUCUGUCUACCACAAGCUUCGGUACCGGCCGGACGAGUCUACAGAUUCCUUGAUCCUGGACGUGUUGAUCAUGUCCGAGGUACGCCAGCGUCCGGCGGCCCGGUGCUUGGAAGAUGUCGUGGUGUAUGACUACAGGGUGGGAAAGAAGAGCACUCUGGAACCGUUCAUGCUCGAGGAAUUCAAGAAGACGUUUGAUUUACAAGAGGCCGCGAAGAAGGAGAAUCAUGCCAAGAUCGAGUGGAUUGAGCAGCGCGUGAGGAGCCUCGAGACCGGAUCCUGGGACAGACAUGAUGCGAAGGAAGACUUUGGAAGCGCCGGAAGGCAAUGA